GCGAUUCUGUCGGCAAACAGGUUAUGAGUGCCAGUGAGCCACCUUAGAUAGGAGAAGCAUCGUUAGCACUUUAUUAGUGAUGGAUACUGAGAAUAAACCUGAGAAUGAUGAGGAUGAAAAUGGAAACAAUGAAGCGCAAGAUUUGAGGAAUAUUUCAUCUCAUAAUGAAGAAUAUGGGCUUGUAUCUGAUGUGAGAAGAAGUUCCUCCAAGAAUUCCACAAGCAAAAGAGAUUUUUCGGAAUCAUCAAACAUUGACAGUGUCUUUGUAGAGGAAGACAGCAGUGAACAUGCUUCCAAAAGACGGAAGUUAGGUGAGGCAGAGCCCCUUGAGUCUGGAGAUCUGGGUGUUCAUGGAUCAGAGACUUCUAAGAGCCCUGUUGCAGAAGCGGGUAACCCGUUAGACGGAACAGUGAAGAAGGCCUUCCUGAGUGAUGGCACGGAUGGGGGCACAUGUCUCCCAAAUGCCUACUCCUCUUCUGGAGAUUUUAGCACUGUUGAUGCUGUUUCCUUGAAAACAGAUGCUGAAACAAAGUCUGCUCAGGAAAUGGUUUCCUCUGACCCAGAAAGAGACUCUCCUUCCCCCCUGAAAGAGAUUCGUGUUUGUUGUGCCACGCGGACUGCCACUGCGGCUCUCAAGUGCAGCAUAUGUGGCCAUUUGUUUUCUUCUUGCUCUGACUUGGAAAAGCAUGCUGAGUGUCACAUGCAGCAGUCUAAGGACCAUACCUGCUAUCACUGCAGCCAUAGAGCAGAGAGCAGUUCAGCUCUGCAUGUGCAUGUCAGACAGGUGCAUGGGCCUCAGAAGGUCUUCUCUUGUGACCUUUGUGGCUUUCAGUGUGUGGAAGAAAACCUACUGAAUGCACAUUAUCUUGGCAAAACACAUCUCCGUCGUCAGAAUCUUGCUGCUCGUGGAGGGUUUGUACAGAUCUUGACAAAACAACCUUUUCCUAAAAAACCAUGUACCAUGGGAACAAAACAUGUUCACGCAAAACCAAGAACUUCUAAACUAGUAACGAAGAAUAGUGAUUUGAAAGGAAUUCAAAAUGUUGGAUGCAAAGGUAAAGAUCUCAGAGGAAGCAUUUCCAGACAAAGUAGCAGUAGCAGCAAGCUUCUUGUUGAAAUGAUGUCAUCCAGAAAUACGUCAUCAGAAAAAGUAGAGAUUGUUCAAGAAAAUGAUACUUCCCUUGGUAUAGCUCAAAAUCCUGAAAACCAGAGUAAAAAUCUAGGAGCCUCGGUAACCUUAGAGGGUCUCGUGAAUAAAUUGGAGUCCACCAAAAAUGCCCUGCAGACACCACAGAGUGUCAGUACAACCUCGAGGCCAAGACCUGAGCGAAACGUUCUCAUGUUGGGAAAUAGCUUUCAUCGACGAAGUAGCACUUUCUCCCUGAAGGGCCAGGUAAAGAAAAGGUUUAAUCUUUUAGGAAUUAGCAAAAGAGGCACAAAGGAAACUCAGAGGAUGUAUAUGAGACACUUUAGAUCACAAUUGAAAACAAAUGAUUUAGAGUCAGUGCUUAUACCCUUAGAAAUGAGCAGCAGUGUCCAGCAACUGUGUGUGACUACCUCAGAAGCCCAGGAGCCGACACAGGACAGGGAAGGUGCCUGUCUCCUGGGCCCCAUGCAGCUGGACUCCCUGCCAGUGAAGCCAGCCUCUGUCUCUCAGGUGUUGCGUGCUUGUACAGACUGUGGGCACACAGCUGCAAACAGGACAGAUCUGGAAGUCCACAUGAAAAGGUGUCAGGCCCAGGAGAUGAAGCUUUACUGCCAGAGUUGUGACUUUUCCAGUAUGUCCAGGGGGGACUUAGAUGAACAUUUGCAUAAUAACCAACAUCAGCAAACUGCUUCUGUCCUCAGUUGUCAGUGUUGUUCUUUUAUUUCCUUAAAUGAAAUACAUCUUAGAGACCACAUGAAGGAAAAGCACAGGAUGGAUUUUCUCUGCACCCCUUGUAAUCUCUUCUUCUUGUCUGAAAAAGAUCUGGAGGAGCACAAAGUAACCGAGAAGCAUAUUAGUUCAUUGGUUCAACCAAAAACUUUGCAAUCAUUUAACAGUGAUUUGGUUUUCCAGACUUUACCUUUAAGUACUUUAGAAUCGGAAAACACAAAAGAUCCUAUGGAUGAAUCAGGAAAGGCAGCUCAGGAGGAACUUGUGAAGUCCAGGGUAAGCCAUGGAAAUGAAGGAAGGCAUGCAAACAAGCCUCAGUUUCAAUGUAAGAAGUGUUUUUAUAAAACAAGAUCUUCCACUGUCCUCACAAGACACAUAAAGCUUCGCCACGGUCAAGAUUAUCACUUUCUCUGUAAAGCGUGUAAUCUUUAUUCACUGAGUAAAGAAGGAAUGGAAAAGCACAUUAAAAGAAGCAAGCAUCUUGAAAAUGCUAAGAAAAAUAAUAUUGGCUUAAGCUUUGAAGAAUGUAUUGAAAGGGUAUGUAUAGGUGCAAAUGAUAAAAGAGAAGAGUUUAACAUUUCUGGAAAUGGAAGGCUCGAAGGCCAUGUAGGUGUGCAGUUACAAGAGCAUUCCUGUCUUGAGAAGAGCAUGCUCGCUCCUAAGGAACUAUCGCAGUCCAGAGGUAGCACCAAAGAUGAUGAACUAGCUUUGACCACUACUCCAAAGAGAGGGAGACCUAAAGGUAACAUCUCACGGACAUGUUCACACUGUGGUCUUUUGGCUUCUAGCAUCACAAACCUGACUGUUCACAUUAGACGAAAACACAGUCAUCAAUAUAGUUAUCUAUGCAAAGUGUGUAAGUAUUAUACUGUAACUAAGGGAGAUAUGGAACGUCAUUGUGCUACCAAGAAACAUAAAGGACGGGUAGAAAUAGAAGCAAAUGGAAAACAAAGUUCAGAGAUCAUUGUUUGCCCUGAAGGGGGAAACCUUGAAGCCAGUAAGAAGAACACUGGUUCAGCAGUGACUAUUCCAGAUGAGCAUGCCAACAAGCCAGCUGAAGCAGAUGCCUCUGUUGUAGAAAAGCCAGUAGUAGAUCAUGGAAAUUCAACUGAAGCUGAGGUUGAACACAUGUUUCGUUCUAUGGAGGGGGAAGCUCACAGUCAUCUCAUUGAUAAAAAGGAACGAGGGUCUGUUGAACCAGAGGACCUUCUCCAGCAGGAGGAUGCGUGUCCCCAGAGAGAUGCUACAGGAACAGGUGACAAUAAAUGUGUGCACUGUGAGUUUAGUGCACACUCUUCUGCUUCCCUAGAGCUGCAUGUAAAACGGAAACACACAAGAGAGUUUGAGUUUUACUGCAUGGCAUGUGAUUACUAUGCCGUGACUCGUCGAGAGAUGACCAGGCAUGCAGCAACAGAGAAACACAAAAUGAAAAGGCAGUCUUAUCUCAACUCUUCUAAUGUAGUAGCAGGUUCUGCAGAAAUGUCCAAAACCAUCAUUCUACCUGAAGAGGAGCAUCAGCAAAAUCCUGAGGAAUUUCAAAUAAUUUCAGACCAACCACCUGGUACUCUUAAAUCUAGAAGUACUGGUGAUUGCUCUGUUUUAGAUGAGAAUACUAAUUUAGAUAUGUCAAAAGUACUGUGUGCUCCUGACUCUGUAGAGAUUGAAACUGAAGAAGCGUCUAAUUUCAGUGAAGACCAUUCCUUUUGUGAGACUUUCCACCCGCCACUUGUCAAGGACAAAGUUAUGAAAACUGAGGAGAUGGUGUCCCUUAGUAUUUCCUCUAAUUAUGGCUCCCCAAGCAAAUUUCAAAAUGAAAAUUCAGGAAGCUCAGCUUUGAAUUGUGAGACAGCAAAGACAAACCAUGAGCUGCUGAAUGACGCAGGUGGUCCAGAUAUCCAUCGGGAGAGUGAAGGAGGCAGUACAGGAGAUGGUGAAGGUAAAGCCUCUCACAAACACCUCUGUCCUGCAGCACUUGAUGGGGCGCACUUGGCGGGAAGCCACACGCAACUUGUGAUGGGAAUAAGAGAACAGGUAGACCUGGAGAGCGAGGGUCAAAACAACGUUGGAUCUGCACCCGGCUCAGAGGAUUUGAAAGGCAUGCAAGAAGAUCCCGUUCUGGAGAAUAAGGAAAUUCUGGUGAGUUCACAACAUGAAACAGAAAUUAUUUUGGAAGAGGAAGGCCCAGCUUCUGAUAGCACAGUUGAAAGUACAGACGUUUAUGAGACUAUAAUUAGCAUUGAUGACAAAGGGCAGGCCCUGUACAGUUUUGGCCGGUUUGAUUCUUCCAUAAUAAGAAUAAAGAACCCCGAUGAUGGUGAAUUGAUAGACCAGUCUGAAGAAGGUCUGGUAGCAACAGGAGUGAGAAUUAGUGAGUUGCCCUUAAAAGACUGUGUCCAAGGAGCGAAAAAGAAGAAACCUGAAGGCAGUUCCUUUGGUGAGUCCACUCGAAUUCGUUGUGAUGAUUGUGGCUUCUUAGCGGAUGGACUGAGUGGCCUGAACGUUCACAUAGCCAUGAAGCAUCCUACAAAAGAGAAACAUUUCCAUUGUUUACUCUGUGGAAAAUCAUUCUACACGGAAAGCAACCUUCAUCAGCAUUUGGCCAGUGCUGGCCACAUGAGAAAUGAACAGGCCAGUGUGGAAGAGCUUCCCGAAGGAGGAGCCACCUUUAAAUGUGUCAAGUGUACCGAGCCCUUUGAUUCUGAACAGAAUUUAUUUCUGCAUAUUAAAGGGCAGCAUGAGGAAUUGCUGCGGGAGGUGAAUAAGUACAUAGUGGAAGACACUGAGCAAAUCAACCGCGAGAGGGAGGAAAACCAAGGGAAUGUCUGCAAGUAUUGUGGGAAGAUGUGCCGAAGUAGCAACUCUAUGGCCUUCCUGGCACACAUCCGCACUCACACAGGAUCAAAACCAUUCAAGUGCAAGAUAUGCCAUUUUGCAACAGCUCAGCUUGGAGAUGCCAGAAACCACGUGAAAAGGCACCUUGGGAUGAGGGAGUACAAGUGUCAUGUCUGUGGGGUUGCUUUUGUAAUGAAGAAGCACUUAAAUACUCAUCUACUAGGCAAACAUGGAGUUGGUACCCCAAAAGAGAGGAAAUUUACAUGCCACUUAUGUGAUAGAAGUUUCACAGAGAAGUGGGCCCUGAACAACCACAUGAAACUCCACACAGGAGAAAAGCCGUUUAAGUGUACCUGGCCCACAUGCCAUUACUCCUUCCUCACAGCCUCUGCAAUGAAAGACCACUACAGGACGCACACAGGCGAGAAGUCGUUUCUGUGUGACCUCUGCGGCUUUGCUGGCGGGACCCGGCACGCCCUCACCAAGCACCGCCGGCAGCACACAGGAGAAAAACCUUUCAAAUGCGAUGAGUGUAACUUUGCUUCCACAACCCAGUCCCAUUUGACUCGACAUAAACGUGUGCACACUGGAGAAAAGCCCUACAGAUGCCCGUGGUGUGAUUACAGGUCAAACUGCGCUGAAAAUAUCCGCAAGCACAUCUUACAUACUGGCAAACAUGAAGGAGUCAAGAUGUACAACUGCCCCAAAUGUGACUAUGGGACAAAUGUCCCUGUGGAAUUUCGAAACCACUUGAAAGAGCAACAUCCUGAUAUCGAAAACCCUGACCUUGCUUACUUGCAUGCUGGCAUCGUUUCCAAGUCCUACGAGUGUCGUCUGAAGGGACAAGGUGCUACCUUCGUGGAGACGGACAGCCCCUUCACCGCAGUGGCGCUGGCCGAGGAGGCUGCAGUCAAGGAGAAGCCUCUGCGGAGUGGCAGGAGGCCAGUGCCACCCUCUGAGCAGGUGCAGCAGGUCAUCAUCAUCCAGGGCUAUGAUGGGGAUUUCGCCCUGGAUGCCUCGGUGGAAGAGACGGCAGCCGCCACGCUGCAGACGUUGGCCAUGGCCGGCCAGGUGGCUCGGGUGGUACACAUCACAGAGGACGGGCAGGUCAUCGCCACGAGCCAGAGUGGGGCGCAUGUGGGCAGCAUGGUGCCUGGGCCCAUCCUCCCCGAGCAACUGGCAGAUGGAGCCACCCAGGUGGUUGUCAUGGGGGGCUCCGUGGAAGGUCCCAGCAUGGACGAACCCCUGGGUGCAGGCGGCGCUGUGAUCCAACAAGUGACCAAGCAGGAGAUUCUGAACCUCUCGGAGUCUGGGGUCCCUACAGCCGACGCGUCCUCGGCCCUUGAUGCUUUACUGUGUGCCGUCACUGAACUGGGCGAGGUGGAGGGCAGGCCUGGGCCAGAAGAGCAGGGUAGGCCCAGCCACAAGGACGUGCUCAUCCAGCUGCCAGGGCAGGAGGCCUCCCGCACAGCCGCUGACCCUGAGGCCCCUGAGAUCCAGGUGUUCCAGGACGCCCAGGAGGGCCCAGAAGCCGUGGAGGUGCUGACCCAGGUCAUGCGUCCCUCAGCCGUCAUCACCUCCCAGGAGCGCACGCAGGUGGCCUUCAAGAAGAUGGUGCAGGGUGUCCUCCAGUUUGCCAUGUGUGACACAGCCUCAGCUGGCCAGCUGCUCAAGGAUGGUGUCACACAGGUCAUCGUUAAUGAGGAGGGCGCCGUCCACAUGGUGGCCGGGGAGGGCUCCCAGAUCAUCAUGCAGGAGGCAGAGGCGCACGGCCUACGGGUGCCAGGUGAGCGUGUGGACCUGGUGGAGUCCGACGGGGAGAUCUCACAGAUCAUUGUGACCGAGGAGCUGGUGCAGGCCAUGGUGCGGGAGUCCAGUAGUGGCUUCCCCGAGGGUGCCACACAUUACAUUGUGACAGAACUGCCCCCAGGCACACAGGACGCAGGUGUGUACUCCCACACUGUGAUUGAGGCGGACCCUCAGGAGCUCCUGCAGGCUGGGGCUGCACUGAGCACUGAGGCCGGGGCCCCGGGCGGGACAGAGCAGCUGACCAGCAUGGUCAUCUACACCCAGGAGGGCUCACCAGCUGCGGCAGUGAUUCAGAGCCAAAGAGAGAGCAGCGAGCUCCAGGAAGCGUGAGAUAGCACUUUGGCAUGUGCACAGGGCACAUGUGGGAAGACCUAGCUCAUGCGGGCACUGAAGGCCUGGGCUUCAUUUCAUUUGUCAACCUUCAAAACAGUGAGGAUGUGACUUCCCAUGAGCACUAAGUGUACACUCCCCACGAGGUGACACCAUCCACCAAAAAAGCCCCCACCAAGGACACCAUGCAAUGGGCCUGGGAAGACAGUAGCUGGGUGCAGGGACAAGGGCUGGGCCGGCUGAUCAGGCCUGCUCACUGUGAGCCCUUGCUGGUAGCCCCUCUGUCCUGGCCAUCAUGCUGAGGAGAAGCCAAGUGUCAUCUGGUUUUUGUUUUUCUCUCACAAGUGUUUUCCCAUCUCAGUUAUCAGAAGACUGUGGCCCAUGGUGGAAAAGUGAUAAAAAUGUUUCCUGUGGCUUGGGGCACAUCUGCUCUUGCAGUCUAGCAUGUAGCUGCUCUCAAAUUUUAUUCUAUAUUUUGUUUAAAAAAUGCAGCUACAACCAUUACUGUCUUGAAACAGUCUACUCCCAUUCAUUCUUUUGAUUUGAGUCACAGUGUCCCCAGACCAAAGGACGCCUGGUAGUGCAUUUCAUGUAGGAAUUUCCUCUCCUCAGACAUUUAGGUGUAUUCACUGCUCUGGUCCCAUUCUGCAUAAAAGACGUCUUCUGAAGUCCAUGGUUGAGAAAAGCCUUGACGUUUGUAUUCAAUUAAAAUAGAUCUUGGUUAAGGCAACCCAAUGCUUCUAAUUUUGACUUAGUUUCAUACAAUAAAAGUCUAUAUAUGAAAUGUGCACUCUGGAAGAUACUGUUCCUAUCAAUAUUUUGCUUUUUAUAACAAAUGUUUGUCGUACUGAUACCAUUUUUGUAGGAUUGAUAUGUGACGUCAAUCUGAUGAAGCUGACACUAAACAUGAACACACCGCAGCCCUGGCCUCGACUGCCAUCAUCUGUGUUGUGUGUGGCUUCACUGUAACCAUUGAUGCAAGUUUAUGUUGCAAUACUUUGUUUCUUGAUAUGAUUGCUCUUACUUCUGUUCCAAAAUUGUAAAAUAAUCCCCUUCCUCAAACGCAAAGGUUGUUUUUGUUCUGUUUUUCUUUGAAAUAAAAUUAUCGCAUUAAACGCUAA